AUGGAUGUAUGGUAUUUCGAUUGUUUAUUUUCAUCAUAGAUCUAAUUGGCAGUUAUUAACUCAAGCAAUGCAGUGGGUGUGAAAGACGUACCAGCUAAGGAGUUUAUCGAAGCCUUCGCUAAGCAUCUUAAGAAGGGCAACAAGUUCAAGAUCCCUGAUUGGGCCUCAUACGUUAAGACUGCUUGCUUCAAGGAACUCGCCCCUUAUGACUCAGACUGGUUAUACGUGAGAGCAGCUUCAGUUGCCUACCAAUUGUACAUGAGAGGCAAAGUCGGUAUCUCAGCCUUGAGAACCCACUACGGUGGAAAGCAAAGAAGAGGCACCUGCCCACCACAUCAAAGACAAGCAGGAGGAAAGAUCAUCAGAUACUGCUUAAAGCAACUCGAAGAUCAAGGUCUCGUUGGUCAAGUCAAGUACCAAGGAGAAGACGGCUCAGAGCAAACCGCCGGCAAGACCCUUACUGAGAAAGGUUCAACUGACAUGAACAGAAUUGCUGCUCAACUCAUCAAGGAAAAGAGAAAGGCCAAGAAAUGA